AUGAGCAUUUCAACUGUGGCACAAGGGAAACGCAAAGCAACAAGUAAUGCCGAGACUAAAGACCGAGCCCUUGCCACGCGGAAUCGAGUGAUCGAGGUUCUGGCUGGAACCGCUAAUGGCUGUCUCUCCGAACUUGGAUAUUUCCCCGGAAUGCCCCAAAGGAUGGCAGAGAUGGAGCAACAGAAUCGUCAAUGGCAAACAGAAAACGUGAAACUUUUUGAAGACAAUCGACGUCUUGUGGAAGUUAUCCGCUCACAGAACGAACGACUAGAUUGGUCAAGGCUACCGGACGCAAACAGGAUCGCUAAGAUCAUUGAGCUUCAGGAAGAAAACCGGUUCCUAAAGUCGCAAAGGGACGAACUACUCAAGUUGGCUGCGAUGCCAGGGGGCGCGCAAACACGUCAACCAAGUUACGAACAGCUCUACGCGGAAUACUGUAAACUCGCAGAAGCGCAUCGUGGCGUAUUGAGUGAGGUAAAUCGCCUCAAGCAAAAAAAUAGCGCUCAGUCUCAGCAGAACGCUGGUGCGGGUCAACUGUCACUGUCCAAGCCCAACUCUCGUACUCAAACUCCACGUAUCCCCUCAAAUACGCCAUCCAUGCAUCAAACACACUCGCAAAUGCAGCCGCCUUCUCACAAUAUCCUGACUUCAACUUCUGCUCAAGGCACAAAUGUUAAAGCUUACCAGCAACACCCCAUGCAGUUGACGCAAACCCAACGCGCGUUCUACCAGCAGAAACCUCAAAAAACUCCCGGAUCUUCCAUCUCACCAGCCUCGCAAGUUUCUGGAAAAGAAACAGCUCCAGCUCAAGCCCAAGUAAUCUCUGCUACCCCAUGUAUUUCUUUUUCACCAACUAACUCCCCAUGUUUAAGCAAAAUCUGA